AACGCCCGAGCGCCCUCCCGGCAUCCUCUCUCCCUCACUUCUCCCCAACCCAAAUCGCUGCAGUCUCCCCCGGGUGCGGCGACGACGCAGGAGCUGCCGCCGAAGAUGUUCCUGGAGCAGGUCCUCGGGCACCUACGGGGCGAGAGGCGCUGGGGGGAUGGUGUGAUGCGCGAUCUGGACAUCUCCCUGCGUGACCAGGGCCCGGUGGGCUCGCUGGAGGAUACGCUGUUCCAAAGUUGCAGCUUGUUCGCGUCCGUGGCCCGCGUCGUGAGCGGCGCGGCAUCAGGCGUCGGUGGAGGAUUGCUCGCUCUCUGGUUUGCGACGGGACAAGUUCAGAAAUUUCUUGGGGCUCCACGUCCUCCUGGAAUACUGAUGUUGGGCUACGGUUGCGGUUGUUUUUCCUUGUACAUGAAGAUGCUGUAUUAUGAUCUCCAGAAGGAUUUUGCUGCAAUGCUUUUGGAGCAUGGAGAAGAACACACGAAGAGGGAGCUAGCUAAAAUAAUACUCAAUAACCAUAGCACUGACAAGUCACUGGUUGAAGUUCUAAAGAGGCACUAUGUAGCUGAUCAUCUGUUGGGUGAUGAGCAUCAAGAGAAGCAACUUUUCAGGUGGCGCCAACGCCAUUCGUAUGUGGACAACGCUUUUAUGGAAAGGUUGAAGGAGGAACUUAUAGAAGUGGUGAAGAAGAAAGAUAUAGAAAGGUUGGAGAAGUCUGAAGCAAACAAUGCCGAUGCUGAGGUCGAAUCAAGUGCAAACGUUGGAUUAUUUGAGGAGGAUCCACUGGCUUGUGUGCUUGGCACUCCAGACAGCAACAGGAAGAUGGACAUGUUACUGGCAGCGUCGUCUCCAACAUCCUGAAAACUGCCCCCGUCUCCGACAUGCUGGAAAAUGCUGCAUUAUGAUGAAGCCUUCUCAGCGGCGUGGAGAACACUACGGUUAAAACUUCCAGGUGUGCGUGCAACUGUACUUGGCAUAGUUGCAGCCUUGCAGGUGCGUUAUGUGUGUGUGCGCACGCAAUUCAACAAAUGGACACGCGUUAAAUUCGGUCGAAAUUCACAGCAUGCUCUCGCAGAACUGUGGGCUCGUUCGCUGGAUAUGCUUGCUAAUGAACACGUUUCUCGUUCCGCCUAUGAGGUGUGGUAGGAUUUGUCAAGGC